AUGUCUCUCUUUCAUCGUCAUCGUGUUGGGCGGGGUCAUCACAACAUAGAUCCUUCGAUUCAUGCAUCAGAUGACGACGCUGCCGAUAUUGUACCCUCUUUACCCUAUAAAGUUGUUGAUCCUCAUCGGAAACGAUCAUCUUCUUCACCACAUAUAUCGGAAAAGGUUUCUUCCCGUCAGGGUCAGCUUGAGCUUUGUCAUCAACUUCUUCAUCAAUUCCUUCAAAUCACCCCCGAAGCCAGUAGUUCCGGUCACCGGUAA